AUAGCCAGUUCUGCAUACUCUCCAAUUGUCGCCUUCUACUCCAAACCUACAAAUAACACAAGCCAGAUUCUUGAAAACUCCCUUUCAAAAGUAUUGUCCUCUUAUUAUCCCUUUGCCGGAAGAAUCAAAGAUAAUUAUAAAUAUGUUGAUUGCAAUGACACAGCUGCUGAGUUUCUCAAUGUACGAAUCAGUUGUCCGAUGUCUGAAGUUCUCAACCACGCCUAUAAUGAUGCUAUUAAUGUUGUCUUCCCACCUGAUUUGCCUUGGACUAGUUCCUUUGGCCGAAGUCCACUGGUGAUACAAUUAAGCCAUUUCGAUUGUGGUGGAAUAGCAGUCAGUGAUUGGGCUGCUACAGCUCGACAUGAGUUGGAUUUCGAACCAUCUACUCAAUUUGAUGCACAUUCUUUCUUCCCACAAAUCGAUGAUCUUCCAGUUGUACCCGAUAUUAUGCGUGAACCUCAGCGAUGUGUGUCAAGAAUCUACCAUUUCUCAUCCUCUAGUUUGGACAGACUCAAGGAUAUUGUUGCAAUGAAUUCACAAGUGCAGAAUCCAACUCGUGUUGAAGUUGCCACAGCACUGCUUCAUAAAUGUGGAGCGACAGUAUCAAUGGCGAAUUGCGGCAUGUUCCAACCAUCUGUAUUGUUCCAUAUAAUGAAUUUUCGGCCCCCAUUGCCCCUAAACACCAUUGGAAAUGUUUUGUGUUUCUUUAGCUCAGUAGCAGUGAAAGAAGAUGAGAUACAAUUGCCCCAAUUCGUCGCUCAACUACGAAAAGCUAAAAAAACAUCUUCAAGAAAAGUUGAACAAUCCAAAUCAGCUAGCAUCACAUGUUCUUGA